CGCGGUCGCCAGCGCCAACUUUCGAAGCACAGAUGCACACUCUUAGCCUUGACUCUUCACUUCUACAUCUCUUUGACAACUCACGCGCUACGCCGUAAGCGCCUCCUCCAAGAAUAUUUGAGAAUCUUUGAGACCUGCAAAAAAAAAACACAGACUCACCAUCAGCCAUGGCACCAAUGACUGCUGAGGAACUUUCAAAUCACCCAGAAUACCCCCAUACUAUCUGGGACCUAAAACCAGAAAAGAAAGGCAAAGCCGUUGUAGCCAAGGACAGAGGCGGUCCCCUUAACAUCGCUUACGAGAUCCAUGGUCAUGGCGACAGACACCUCGUGUGGGUCAUGGGCCUUGGUGGCAUGAAAUACGCAUGGCAGCGUCAGACAAAAGACUUUGGCCACACCAAAGGCGACCAAUACUCGUCGUUAGUAACUGACAACCGGGGUAUUGGUGACUCCGACAAGCCCACAUCAAGAUACUCUACAUCUGCCAUGGCCCAAGACAUUGUCGAAGUUCUCGAUCAUGUCGGCUGGACCGGUGACCGUGAACUACACGUGAUUGGUAUAAGCAUGGGUGGCAUGAUUGCCCAGGAAAUAGCCAUGUUGAUACCACAACGGAUUUGCACACUCUCGCUCGUAUCCACAGCUGCACAAUUAUUCAGAACAAAUGGCUUCAUCGAAAACCUCUGGAACCGAGCCAAUCUCUUCAUCCCCAAAUCUCUCGAUGCCCAAAUCGAAGGCGUAAAGAAGAACCUCUACACACAGCAAUGGCUCGACGCGCCCGACACUCUCGAACCUGUCGUCCAAGCCUUUCCUACAAACGGUGACCGUUUCGCUGCAAACGAAAUCUGGAAACGAUCACAUCCCGAGUACUUUGGUAAGGCUGGAUUCAUGCUACAAGCUAUCGCCGCGGGGUGGCACCACAAGAGCCCGGAGCAACUGCAGCAGAUUGCAAAGACUGUAGGCAAGAACAGGAUCAUGGUUAUCCAUGGCACCAAGGAUCGCAUGUUGACUUUCCCAUUGGGUGUUGUGCUUUGGAGAGGAUUGGAGAGGGGGGAGGGCCCGACCGGAAAGGAGAACUGGUUGGGUAUCGAGGAAGAGGAGGAUAUCUGGCAGGAAGGUGAGGUUGAGAAGCAUUUCAUCAAGGGGCAGGGGCAUGUGUUGCCGGCGGAGAUGAGGGAAGACUUUAACGUAUGGAUUGAGGGAUUGGUCGAGAAGGGCAUCAAACUUAAUGAAGAGCAGGGCCUGUAGAGGAUGACUAUGAUGGCUGUGAAAGGUUCAAUGACACGCGUACGUCAGCUCCGAUAGAUUUAGACUUGGGGGACUGAGAACGCGCACAGCAGUGGCGAGUAUCCGCGACGUUCACACAAGCAUAUUCCAGCGUUUGGUUCUCAGUAACUGAGCAUUUGCACCUUAUGUCAUUCGAAUAAAUAUAUACAUUUAGAAAGAGUGUCCGUAAGCCCAUACACGGAACAAUAACCGAAAUGUA